AUGUUGUUGACCAGGCUCUCCGCGCUGCUGGCGACCGUUGUCAGCUCCGCGACAGCCGCAACCACGCUCUUCAAUGGCAUGCAAUCCAUCGUCUUUCCGAACGGCACAUCGACCGCGUGUCUGGCCAGCUUCAAUACGUCCCUUAACUGCGAUCCGAUUUUAGGACGGCUCUACCAGCAGACAGACUGGGUGGGCUGGAAUGCCACCAAUCUCACAGCACUAUGCACCACCGAUUGUCGGAACUCUCUGGCGAAUUUGCAGAGUACAAUCGUAUCGGACUGCGGCAAUCUGUCAUUCUCCCUCGGUAGCUCGAUGAUGAAUGCCGAGCGCAUUGUCGACUUUUACAUGUACAAGUACAAUCUGACUUGCUUGGCGGAUGUGGUUUCUCGAGUAUCUUCCGACCGUGACAUGGCCGACAUAUACCGAGAAAUGGUAUCCGGAUUGGAUCAGUUCGUUUCAUCUUCCCCCGCGGAAUUUUUCAAGACACUGACCGAAGGACACGCAGACGAUCCGAUCAAUGGAACCAAUGCAGUCGAUGAGAAUGGAACCGUUAUCCCGCCUUAUCUCACUGUUCCACCUCCCCAACCGACCUUCAACUCGGGCAGGAAGGCGUCGAGGUCAAAGCGCAGGCUUGGGCCAACAUUCAAAAAAAAUUGCAAUUUCCAAGAAGAGCUCUAUGUUUUCCCUACUCUCAAUCAAUCGGGACCUCCGGACCCAAAUCGACCAGAGGUACCAUGGGUCGGCCCAAGCAGAUGCGAUCGCAAUGUGACCUUGAACCAACCAGCGCUAUCUCCACUCAACUGCAGUGCAUUCUCCCUGGCGUACAAUGUCGCAACGGGCACCCUCCGAGACCUGAACAAAUGGAUCGAUUGCAGUGUCAUGGCUAACGCGACAUACUGUCUUCCAGCCCCGUGCGAUGUCGCCAAGAUCUGGGUCGACGGCGGCAUCGUUGGGACCGAGUUGAUAGGGCCCAACGGCCCUUACUCCAACAUUUCCCUGAUUCAGUUCAUGAAGUGGAAUCCAGGAGCGAUUCACUACCCCGUCUUGCCGGGAGAUACGAUUUACGUCGGCAAUCCCUCUGCGUCCACGCCGAUUCCGCCGCCGGCGCCCACUCAACCGGGGGCAACGACGUCUUGCUACGAAUGGUACACCGCCGUGUCCGGAGACAACUGCUCUCUGAUCGAUAGCAAGUUCAACAUCACGUUCGACCAGCUCCAGGCCUGGAAUCCUUACUUGGAUGCGGCUUGCGACAACUUGUGGGGAUGUAACGCAUUAAAACUAGGAGAUCGUACAGCUUUGUUAGGCCGCUGA